GGGGAGCCCGGCGAAGGGAGGGGGGAGUCGGGGGGCGCAGGGACCCGGGGGGAGCCCGGCGAAGGGAGGGGGGACCCGGGGGGAGCUGGGGGAGCCGGGGGGGCGCUGGGACCCGGGGGGAGCCCGGGGAGGGCGCAGGGACCCGGGGGGAGCUGGGGGAGCCGGGGGGGCGCUGGGACCCGGGGGGAGCCCGGCGAAGGGAGGGGGGAGUCGGGGGAGCCCGGGGAGAGGAGGGGGGAGUCGGGGGGGGCGCAGGGGGCACAGGGACCCGGGGGGAGCCCGGCGAAGGGAGGGGGGAGUCGGGGGGCGCAGGGACCCGGGGGGAGCCCGGGGAGAGGAGGGGGGAGUCGGGGGGCGCAGGGACCCGGGGGGAGCUGGGGGAGCCGGGGGGGCGCUGGGACCCGGGGGGAGCCCGGCGAAGGGAGGGGGGAGCCGGGGGAGCCCGGGGAGAGGAGGGGGGACCCGGGGGGCGCUGGGACCCGGGGGGCGCUGGGACCCGGGGGGAGCCCGGGGAGGGCGCAGGGACCCAGGGGGAGCCCGGGGAGGGGAGGGGGGAGCCGGGGGGAGCCCGGGGAGGGCGCAGGGACCCGG